AUGGAUAGCACAGACACCUCAAGAGAAGCAAUUCAUUCACUCCUUGAAAUAUUUCUUAGUAUGAAGGUCUUUAGAAUUCUCAUCCAAUUCUGGUUAUAUGCGUUGAUUGUGACGUCACUGGAGGAGAGAUUACUUCUGAGUGACAACGUUCUCCAGAACGAGAUUCAGGAACUCAAGUCAAAGGUGAUGACCUUAGAGCAAAAAGUGGCAACACUAGAGUCCAAAUCAGCGCACCAAUCCAUUGUCUUCAUGAGCCAACUCAGUAAGACUUUAAAUAACCCCGCUAAUGGUCACACAGUCGUGUUUGAUGAUACUAUUACCAAUGUCGGGCAUGCGUACAGCAACGUCACUGGUGUAUUCCGCGCCCCUGUGGAUGGUAACUAUAUGUUCUCCAUGAUUGGAACUGUCCCACCCUCUCCUGGCGGUCAUAGUCUGCACCUCCUGCUGAGAAGGAAUGGAAGCACAAUCGGUUAUUUAUUUCUGGAUUCAAACCAUGACUAUUUCCUGAAGAGAACAGAGGUGGUGGCCGUUACGCUGUCAAGAGGUGACGAAAUCUUCGUCCAGGUUGACGCUGUGUCGGGUACUCAUUCUAUAAUAGGAUGCUGCUACCAUACUCAUUUCUCUGGCUUCUUGAUUAAUUAA